AGCCAACGCAGUUGUUGCGGUUCCUAUUGGGAAUGACGGCACUCUCUCAAAGGGAGCAGCAACCAUGACAGGUGGUGCAGGCUCCGUGGGUGUUGACGCUCAAGGCCAGCCAGCGACGCCCGAUGCGCUGAUAAGCCAGUCCUCACUCACCGUUGCAGGCCAUCACAUCUUCGCUGUCAACGCCGGCUCCAACACCCUCAGCAUGCUGAGUAUCUCGCGUUCCGACCCAACCAAGCUCUCAGUUGUCGGCGAGCCAGUCCAAAUCCCCGGCGAGUUCCCCAACACUGUCGCUGCUUCAACCAAGAACAACCUCGUGUGUGUAGGCACGACUGGUGCCAAGGCCGGAGUUUCCUGCAGCAGCUUCUCCAAGAAGGGCUUGGGUGCCAUGGACGACCUGCGGCCGUUUGACCUCGGACAGACGACACCACCGGUUGGGCCUACUAACACGGUUUCGCAAACCCUUUUCUCCGAAGACGAGUCCCUCUUGUUCACCAUGGUCAAGGGCGACCCAGCCCAAAACAAGACGGGUUUCUUGUCUGCUCUCGCUGUCCAGCAGUCUACGGAUGCAAACGGAGCCGCAGUUAUGACUCUUGCUCGAGAUGACACUCGUAGCUCACCCAAUGGUACGGCUGUGUUGUUCGGCUCUCAGGUGAUCCCGGGCACAUCAAAUGUGUUUGCUACGGAUGCAUCUUUUGGAGCCGCCAUCUUGAGCGUCGACCCUGCCAGUUGCGAAGCAACAACUGUGGCCACUGGAAAGGUCGACGGCCAGAAAGCCACCUGUUGGGUAGCCAUUUCUCCAGCAACCAAGACGGCGUUCGUGACUGAUGUUGGUCGCAACCGGCUCGUGGAGAUGAGCACCGACGAUGCUAGCAUUGUGGGAACGUUGGACCUGUCUUGCAAUGGCGACCCGGGCCUCAUCGACUUGGCCGCUGCUGGCAACUUCAUUUACGCUCUGUCGCCCGGGAACGGAACCACGCAAGCAGCGGUUACCGUGGUCGACGUGUCGGGCGGCUCAGGAUCGGCGAAGAUGGUUCAACACUUUGAGCUGGCAGGAUUGGCGGGAAAGACUGCGCAGGGAAUGAAGGUCCUCGCAUAAUGGAAAAGCCACCUGAAGUGGAGUGGUCUCAAAUGUAAGCCGAUGGCUAGAGCUGUGAUUUUGUGUGGAUAGAUAGAG